UGAUCCCCAUAAGGGGAAGAGAAGAAAAGAGGAGGAGAAGGAGGCUUAGCUGAAGGCACCCGGACAAGUCUGGGCUUCAGUCCCUGAAAGAGCAGCAGCAGUGCAGCUGAAAUAUUCGUGUAUAUGAAGCUGAAGUUUCUGCAAAGAAAAAAAAAACACAAAAAAGGAAAGAAAAAAAGAACCCUUACCUGGAUGAAGGUGCGCGCGCAGCACUCUCAGUGCUCACCUGUGUGAGAAGCUCGGCUCUGUGAGAGGAUUAUUGUUAUUAUGCUUCAGGACAGCUGAGGUCGAGUUUACACCUUUCACAGAGAAAAGAUGUGGCACCGGACGUUGGUGGCCGUAGUGUUGCUGUCCCUCCCAAACAGAUCUACAGCACAAGGAACGUGUAAUAAUGUCGGUGCUGCGGAUAUCGUGUUCCUGGUGGACGGGUCAUCCAGUAUCGGACGUACCAACUUUGCCCUUGUGAGGAGUUUCAUGGCAGGGAUUAUCAGACCCUACGCCACAGCAGUGGGAGCCACUGGUGUCCGAGUCGGAGCUGUGCAGUACAGCGACACUGCAAGGGUGGAGUUUACCUUCACUACGUAUCUGCGUGGCACAGAGCUGCUGAGUGCUAUCGAGAACCUCAACUAUAAAGGAGGAAACACUCGCACUGGAGCCGGGCUUAAGUACAUAGCAGAUAACUUCUUCAACCCCAGAACCACCAGAGAUGUGCCAAAGCUUGCGAUUCUCAUCACGGAUGGGAAAUCCCAGGACAAUGUUCAGGAUCCUGCUGAGAAACUGCGCCGCUUAGGAGUCAAGAUCUUUGCUGUCGGUAUAAAGAGUGCAGAUCAAAGAGAACUCGAGCUCAUCUCCUCACCUCCUCAGAGUGAAUUCACCUCCUUUAUUGAGAAGUUUAGGGAUCUCAGCUCUCUGCUGCCCAAUCUCUCUCCACGUGUCUGUUCGGCAUCUGGAGGCUCCUAUUCCAGUGACGAUGUCUUCAGCGGCCCGACUGACUUGAAGGUUGCAGAAGUAACCUUCAAUUCAAUCAGGUUCGAGUGGACAGCUGCAGGAGGACCUGUUAACAAUUAUUUGGUCCAGUACACACCACUGUCAGGUCUGGGUCAGCCUUUAACUGCAGAGCUGAGACAGGAUACAGUGUCAGCCAAUGAGCAGACCUACUUGGCACGAGACUUGCGCUCAGGCACGGACUAUUUGGUGUCGGUUAUCGCCCAGUACCCCAACAGCGUGGGCGAGUCCGUGUCUGCCAAGGCUCGAACUAGGUCCGUGCAGGGCGUGGCUGCUCUGCGGUUGGUACAGGCGGGAUUCUUUACUUUAGCUUUGUCAUGGGACCCUCCUUCUGGCUCUAUACAGGGCUACAGGAUCACCUAUGGACCCAGAGGCGAGCCCGAGUCCUUGCUGCGGGAGAAGACGCUUGGAGCCGAGGCCACAUCUGUAACACUGGACAGUCUCCAGGCGGACACUGAAUACAUUAUCAAGCUGUAUCCUCUCUACCCUCGUACUAACGUCGCACCCACUACGCUCACAGCCAGCACAUUGAGUUUACAAGGAGUGCAGCAGCUCUCUGUUGUUACGAUCUCAAACAGCAGUGUUGAAGUUCGUUGGCAAGGAGUGCAAGGCGCCAGAGGAUACAGGGUGGUCUGGGGCCCGUUCGUGGGAAGUGAUAUAGAGACUGUAGAGGUGAGCGGUGACAGUGAGGCUCACACUCUGGUGAAUCUGCGACCGGACACGGAGUACAUCAUCACAGUCAUUGCUCUGUAUAAUGGAGAAACAGAAGGGCCAGCAGCAAAUGCACGCUUUAAGAUAGAGCGAGCAGAGCAGCAGGUUUUGAGAGCCGAAACGACGGGACCUUCCAGCAUCCAGCUGACCUGGAAGUUCAUAGCAGCAGCCAGGGGCUAUCGACUGGAGUGGAGGAAAGAGGGAGAGAGCAGCAGGGUUCAAAGACAGACCUUUCCCCAGAGUACUACACAAUAUGAGAUAACAGGUCUUCAGCCCAGUACCGAUUACAUCAUAACUCUGUACACGCUGUAUGAUGGACGGGAGGAAUCCACACCAGCGAUACCUUUGGUUAAUAAAGUCACCAACCUGCGAGUGGUGGAGACAAGAGGACGCAUUGUACGGCUGGCGUGGACUGGAGUCGCCGGUGCGACGAAGUACAACAUCCUUAUUAUCAACAAACAGUCUGGGUCGGAGGUGAAACGUUCCGUUUAUGGAAAUCAGACGACGUUUGACCUUGUUAACCUUGUAGGAGGUGUGUCUUAUACUGUGAGGGUGGCUGCCUUGGUGGGCUACACUGAGGGACAUCCCACUGCCAUAACCAUCACACCAGAGUUUACAUCAGCACAAGUUCCGGACAAGGUGAAGAACCUGCGUCUUUUGAAUGUGAACAGUCGGCGGAUCAGGAUUGGAUGGGAUGCUAUCAGUGAGGCCACGGGUUACAGAGUCACCUGGAGACAAGGCAACAGUCCAGAGCAGUUCCAGGAACUUGGUGCAGGAAUCACUUCCUACACUAUAGAGCGACUACAACCUGACGAAUCUGUGGUUGUGGGUGUGGCCGCUCUGAUUAAUGGUCAGAUCGGGGACGUGGUGACACUCUCCACCAGGACAAACGGCCACAUUGGGACAGUCACAGGUUUGCAGAUUACUGACAUUGGUUCCACGUGGAUUCGCGUAUCCUGGGAUUCGGUAUCCAGAGCAACCGGAUACAAAAUCACCUGGCGGCGAAAUGACGGAACGGAAGACUUUCAGAUGGUACAUGCUGAUGUCAGGUCCUACACCAUCAGUGGGUUACAGCAAAGCUCUGCCUACAGAAUAUCUGUCUCUGCCUUGGCAGGCUCUCGUGAGGGACCAGCAGCCACUCAGAACAUCCAGACUGUUACAGACGAGGUCGUGGUCGGACCUGUUACAAAAUUACAGCACGAGGCUCGAGGAGAAGUGGUGAGAAUCACCUGGGUUGGAGUUCAGGGCGCAACAGCAUACAGGGUGCUCUGGAAGAGAUCUGACGGUGGACAGGAACAGUCUCAGCUGGUUGGUGGAAAUAUAACAUCAGUGGAUCUGAGGCAACUGGAAGGUGGAGCUCAGUAUGAUGUCCAGGUUGUGGCUCUGGUCCAGAAUAGAGAAGGACCCCCUGUUUCUGUCAAGGUCACUACAGGACCCCUGUAUGAUGAACGACCAAAGGAUGUGCAUGUUGAGCAGUUAUCUUUAGGAUCACUGCGUAUAUCUUGGAGAGCAGUGAGAGGAGCCGAUGGAUACCGAAUCUACUGGAGAUCCUCACAAGGCGAAAGUGAGACGAGUCGUCUGAUAGGCCGAGACUUGACUUCGUACACGCUGGAAGGACUCCGCCCCGGUCUGACUUACACCAUCCGAUUGGCUGCUGUGUUGAAUGGAAGAGAAGGUCCACCUUAUGUUAUUUCACAGUCUACUGCUGCACAGUCAUCUGUAACGAACUUCAGGGUAGUAGACGUUACCCAGAAUUCCGUAUUGCUGGCAUGGAACCCCGCACCAGGUGCCACCAGAUACACACUGCGAUGGCAGGAUGAAAGAGAUUCAGGUAGCAUCCAGACGCUCAAUCUGCCUGAAACGACCAGCUCGUUUCGUGUGACGAACCUGAGACUGGGUCGCCUGUACCGGUUUACUGUACAGCCCGUCUUCUACGAUUCUCCUGGGCUCGAGGCUGAUGUGGAAGAGCGCACAGUGUGUGUGGAUGGACGUUUGGACGUGGUGUUCCUGGUCCCCGCCACUCGUGAUCGCUCUGCUUUAGAGGAACCCGUUUUGUCCCUGCUUGCAAGUGCAGCUGGAUCUCUGCCCUCCAUCGGAGUCCGAGACUCACAGGUGUCUGUGGUGGUCUACGGCGAUGAGCCUAAAGCGCGCUUCCUUCUCAGUCGGCAUAGCAACAGCGAAACCCUUCUCAGGGAGAUUGUCUCCAUCCCAUUUACCGAACGAUCAGGAAAUAACAUAGGUCAGGCCUUGUCGUACACAAAACAGUUUGUGCUUAGAGAGAGUGCGGGUCGAAGAUCUGGUUUUCCAGGCGUGGUCGUUAUCAUUGCUGAUAGGAAAUCUGAAGAUGAUAUCCGCCGCCUUGUGACUGAACUUAAGGGGACGGGUGUGGCCGUGCUGGCUGUCGGAGUUGGGCGAGCAAACACGGAGGAGCUACUGCUGGCGGUUACAGACAGCAGCCCUCAGAAUCUGCUGCAGGCUCGGGAUGCAGAAGAUCUCUAUAGGCUCCAGGCUGAUCUUGCUGAUCUGCUCUGUGGUCUUGCAAGAGGAACUGUUGUACCGGGUUCUGGUUGUACUGUUCAGUGCCCUCCGGGUCAGAAAGGAGAACUAGGACAAAAGGGUGAGAGAGGCAGUGAUGGAGUGCCUGGGAGGAAAGGAGAGCCUGGUCGUGACGGCACACCUGGGCGUGAGGGCACCAGGGGACCCGAGGGACCCGCUGGCCCUCCAGGACCAUCAUUUAGAGGAGAAAAAGGAGAAAGUGGAGUUCCAGGUUUGCAGGGGAAUCCCGGACUUCCUGGUCGCCCAGGAAACCCCGGCGCUGCAGGACCUACUGGUGUGCAGGGAUUACCUGGAGUCAGAGGAGAUCCUGGCGAGCCUGGUAGUGCUGGUUUGUCCGGCUCAAAGGGACAGAAAGGUGAUCGGGGUGAGCCUGGAUCUGCCACCGGAGUCGUACCAGGACGUAAAGGAGAGCCAGGUCUAUCUGGGCUACCUGGUACUCCAGGAAGACCGGGCAUAGACGGGGCAAAGGGAGAAUCGGGAAUUCCUGGGGUGCCGGGGAAAGAUGGCCGCCCUGGAAUAGCGGGAACGCCCGGGCUCUCGAUAAAGGGUGAAAAAGGAAGUCGUGGCGAACCAGGCAUUCCUGGAGGGGGCAGUGGGCCAGCAAUUAAAGGAGAAAAGGGAGAACCAGGACGUCUUGGACUUACAGGUCCUCAAGGCCCUACUGGAUUGACUGGACAGAAGGGAGCCAAAGGAGAAUCUGGAGAGAGCAUUAAGGGCAGUCCAGGACCCCCAGGAGCAGGAGGAGAGCCGGGUGACCGGGGUCCAAGAGGUCCUCCUGGUGAAAUUGGAAGCAAGGGAGACCGUGGACAGGCUGGAGAGCCCGGCUCACAGGGUGACAGGGGUGAAAGAGGACCACCCGGUCCACCAGGGGAUAAGGGUGAUGUUGGUAGACCAGGGCUCAUGGGACCACAAGGCCCUCGGGGUUUGUCAGGGGCAAAUGGUCUUCCGGGGGAAAAGGGAGCUGAUGGAGCAAAAGGAGAACCGGGUGGUGGCGCAGGUUCACUUGGAAAGAAAGGAGAGCAGGGCCAGAAAGGAGCUUCAGGUCCUGAGGGUCCUCCAGGUGAAAAGGGAGACAUGGGGCAGAAAGGAGAUAGGGGUCUUCCUGGAAUAGGACUACCUGGUCUGCUUGGACCUAAAGGGGAACCAGGUGAUCGGGGGCUUCCUGGACUUGCUGGACGAAUUGGUGCAAAGGGAAACCAGGGUGAAUCAGGAGAGCGAGGAGAGGCGGGCAAUCCCGGGCCUGCAGGUCCGGCUGGACCCAAAGGGAAAGAUGGCCUAAAAGGUGACAGAGGAGAAGACGGAAUUCCGGGGGAAUCCGGCUUGUCCGGGAAGCCAGGAGAACGUGGACUCAGGGGUGUUCCAGGACUCCAAGGCCAACCUGGAGAAAAGGGGGACAUGGGUGAUCCUGGAGAGCAUGGACGAAAUGGUUCUCCAGGUCCCAUUGGACCACGAGGACAAAAGGGAGAUCAGGGAAUCCAAGGUCCCCCAGGACCCCCUGGAGAUGCGGGAGAUGGGGUUACUUUUCACAAAGGAGACAAAGGAGACAAGGGUGAGUCUGGUGACCCUGGGGAACAUGGAAGUAAAGGUCUACAGGGAGAAGCAGGAACACCGGGCACACCAGGAUUACGGGGAGCUGAGGGUCAGCGUGGACCAGUAGGAGCCAGAGGAGAUCCAGGAGAAAGAGGAAGUCCAGGAGAGAAGGGAGAAAGAGGAGCUGCUGGAUUGGAUGGACGUCCUGGUCAGGAUGGGAAACCUGGGCCACCUGGAUCACCUGGUUUAAGGGGUGAUCCUGGGAAAACGGGAGACCCUGGUAGAGAUGGCUUAGCAGGACUUCGAGGACCUCAGGGGCCUCCAGGACCUGUAGGACCUCCAGGGGCUGCAGGCACAAACGGAAAACCAGGAGAGGACGGAAAAGCUGGAUCUACAGGAAAACCUGGUGAAGAUGGCGUCCCUGGUGAAGAUGGCAGAAAGGGUGAAAAAGGAGAUUCAGGACCUCCAGGAAGAAAUGGUCAGGAUGGGAUCAAAGGGGAUCGUGGCAUUGCAGGACCCACUGGCCCCUCUGGUCCUGCUGGACCACCAGGGGUUCCUGGAAACAUUGGACCUCCAGGACAGGUGAUAUAUGUUAAAGGAGCUGAUAUAUCACCUAUCCCUGGACCUCGAGGACCACCAGGACCACCUGGACAACCUGGCAUUCCAGGAGAUGCAGGUACCAGGGGUGAAAGAGGACCACAAGGAACAAAAGGAGAACAUGGAGAUCCAGGAGAAGAUGGUUCACCUGGAAAACCAGGGACUUCAGUGGAUGUGAAGAGAGCACUUUCUGACUUUGGCAUCGAGAUCAGAGAUCUACAGGUGGUGAUGGAAAAGAAAGAUCUUCUGAUCAGGGAAACAGAUAAAGGAGCCAAAGGGGAUAAAGGAGAUUCAGGACCCCAAGGCCCACCUGGUGCAGAUGGUGCUCGAGGGUUUCCAGGAGAGCGAGGACAAAAGGGUGAUCAUGGUCAAAAGGGAGAGACGGGCCCUCAGGGCCCAACAGGUCGAGCUAUUGGAGAAAGAGGACCAGAGGGUCCUCCUGGACAAGCAGGUGAGCCUGGAAAACCUGGCAUACCUGGAGUUCCAGGUCGAGCUGGUGAACUUGGAGAGUCUGGCAAAUCAGGAGAUAAGGGAGAGAGAGGCGAGAAGGGAGAGAAAGGCGAGACGGGUAAGCCUGGGGUAAAUGGUGGAGUAGGACCUCCUGGACCUAAGGGUGACUCCAUAGUUCAGUCUGUUCCUGGGCCACGGGGUUUGCAAGGACCACAAGGAAUUAAAGGGGAGGAUGGUGCUCAAGGACCUCCUGGAACUAAAGGUGAACGGGGAGUAGCCGGUUUCCGUGGAGAGAAAGGGGAAAGAGGAGAAGUAGGAGAAAAGGGCAGAGAUGGCCUCCCUGGUUUAGCUGGGGAACCUGGAAAACAGGGACAGGAUGGAAAGCCGGGUUUAAAGGGCUCAUCUGGUGUCCCAGGCCCACCUGGAAACCCGGGAGAGCCAGGAAUUCGAGGACCAACUGGACCGACCGGUUUGAAUGGAUCUCCAGGACAACCAGGUGUGAAGGGUGACCAAGGAGAGGCAGGAGUAGGAGUUCAAGGCCCCCCAGGACCACAAGGCAUCCGAGGAUUGCCCGGACUUACAGGCACUCCAGGAGCUAUUGGGCCUCAAGGACCUCCAGGCCUGUCAGGACAAACGGGAGAAGGAGGAAAACCUGGGGUUCCUGGUAGAGAUGGCGUACCUGGAAAAGAAGGAACGCCCGGCUUACCAGGAAAGCAGGGAAUAGCUGGACCGGUGGGACCCCCAGGGACGAAAGGCGAGCAAGGUGACAGCGGGCCACCUGGAAAAUCGGUAGCCGGACCCCCUGGAGUGAAGGGUGAGCGGGGUCCUCCUGGUGAAACAUUGCCUGGAGUAGCAGGAGAAAGGGGCUCACCUGGACUGCAGGGUAUUAAAGGAGAUAAGGGACCAGCUGGAAUCAAAGGUGACAAAGGUGGAAGCGGUGACCCGGGGGAACCUGGUGAAAGUGGACAAAGAGGACCACUGGGGCCAAAAGGAGCCAAAGGUGAAGCAGGUGUCGGUAUGGUUGGUCCUCCAGGACAAUCUGGACCUGCAGGCUUGAAGGGUGAUUCUGGACUCCCAGGCUCUCCAGGUCCACCUGGAUCUCAAGGUAUAUCAGGAACACCAGGACUCCCUGGCCAAAGAGGAGAAGCAGGCCAGCCAGGAAAUCCAGGACCUUCAGGAGAGAGGGGACUGCAAGGCUUUGCAGGAAAAGCAGGAAACCCAGGGAUUGCCGGUAAUCCUGGACCGCCUGGACCUCCGGGGAGUGCAGGUAUACCUGGUCUUAAAGGGGAUAAAGGUGAGGUUGCUGUUGGAGUUCCAGGACAGAGAGGAGAGAGAGGAGAUCCCGGGCCUCGGGGAGAAGAGGGACGACCUGGAAUGGACGGAGAGAGAGGCCCUCCGGGAUUUCCAGGUGGAAAAGGAGGCAGAGGAGAAAAGGGUGAAGCAGGACCUUCUGGAGAUAAAGGAGAGAAGGGAGAAACUCUCUUGGUGGGUGGGCCUUCUGGGGAGAAAGGAAACAAGGGUGAAACAGGAGAACGAGGUGCAAAGGGAUUACAAGGUGAAAAGGGCACUAAAGGUCAAGAGGGACCACCAGGGGUACAGGGUCUGCGUGGAGAGGCCGGUGAGAGGGGGGCACCUGGGUUUCAGGGUGCCCGUGGUCCAGGAGGACAGAAGGGAGAAGCGGGAAUGCCAGGAGUUCCAGGAGAAUCUGGCACACCUGGAAAAGAUGGGCUCUCUGGCAUGAGAGGUGAGAAGGGAGAGAUCGGAUUCACCGGCAUGCGAGGACCCAAGGGAGACCGUGGAUCCAAGGGUGCGUGUGGACCAGAGGGACAAAAAGGAGAAAGAGGGGAUCCUGGAAUGAACGGAAGAUCAGGUUUACCUGGAAGAAAGGGAGAGGCGGGUGAUGUGGGAUCUCCAGGAGCUUCAGGGAGUCCAGGAAAAGAGGGUCUCGUCGGCCCUAAAGGUGAGCGAGGUUUUGAUGGUGUAAUGGGACCGAAGGGAGAACAAGGAGAAAAAGGUGAACGGGGCCCCCAUGGCAUCCCUGGACCACCUGGUUCCCGAGGUGUUGAUGGACCCCCGGGCCUGACUGGUCCUCAGGGACCUGCUGGAGUUAAAGGUCCUGAAGGACUGCAGGGGCAGAAGGGUGAACGAGGUCCUCCAGGCCCUACUUCGGUCGGCCCUCGUGGUAUCCCAGGGAUCCCAGGAGAAAGAGGAGAGCAGGGAGAAAUUGGUCUUGAUGGAGCGAAGGGAGAUAAAGGAGAAACCAGCAUGACGGAGGACGAGAUCCGGGCGUAUGUUCGCUCUGAGAUGAGUCAGCACUGUGCCUGUGGAGGUGUUGGAGAAAUUCCGACGCGUUCGGCAGUGCAGGCUUUCCGAAGUCGCUCGUCUGCCGAGCGCUCACUAGCCGACGAUUCGGGUCACGAGCUGCGUGUUCUGGUAAACACAAACGACCCAGAUUACGAUGAGAAUGUUUACUCUUUGGAGAACUACGAUGAUCCGGUGGAGGAGACCGUUGACUUUGUGCCCUCGACCAAUCAGAGCCAAGUGAGAAAGAAGAGAGAGGUUAAAGGUGAAGACCCGUGCGUCUUGCCGUUGGAUGAGGGUGGGUGCUCCAGAUACACUCUGCGCUGGUACUUUAAUUCUCAGGAGGGUGAGUGCAGACCCUUCAUCUACAGCGGCUGUGGAGGAAACGCUAACCGCUACGAACACAAAGAGAAGUGUGAACAAAGCUGCCUACAACAAAGCAGAGGUGCUCUGGGGUCGAAUAGUGAACGCUCAUGACGGGACCACACACACACACACACGCACACACACACACACACACACACACACACACACACACACACACACACACACACAGCACCAGUGUUCAGUGUUCUGACAUUCACACUCAUCUUAAGGUUCUCAUAUGAUGCGACUGUCCUCAAUUGUGCACAUUUUUUAUGCAGUUUAUAAUCCAUUACUACUUUUUUUUGUAUUUAUUUUGUUUAAGAAGUUCACCAUAUUCAUUUGUUUCAUUUCAUUCAUUAAUAACUCCAACGGGAUUAAGGACGUAUAUUUUUCGAAAUGCAUAUUUUCUCCUUUUGUUCACACAGAAACAUUAUUUUUUUAAGUAAAAGCAUUUUUAAACGGAUAUUUAAUGGAUGAGUGCAAUCCCCAGCACUCUCUAUUUACUUUAUUAAAAAAAAAAAACUGUACACCUGUUUAUUUAUACCCAAUCAACCAAUCAUGUGGCAGCGGCACAUUGCAUAAUGCAUUGGAAAGGGAAGGAUAUACAAACUCCUGUAAUCACUUCCUACAACCGUUGUAAACAGAGAUCACUUUAUUUCCUCAUUCUGAUGUUUGAUGUGAAGAUGAUGCCCUAUACCGCCCUAUAAGAUCUUCCCUACACUGUAUGUGCAUGAUUCUGUGCAGCUGCCACGUGAUUGGCUGAUCAGAUACCUGCAUAAGAACAGGUGUUCCUAAUAAAGUGGACGACGAGUCUAUAGUA